AUGGGCUCGACAACAACGACCCAACUCGAAAUGGAUUGUCAUGGAUAUUACCAACGUUACCUUCUACGUCACCAAACUUUGAGACCAUCCCAUAGGCCGCAGUGUCCGCCUAUACCCAAAUACGUACUGGAGAGCCGUGCCAUCGUGUCGUUGGAUUGUGAUGGUAAUACAGGCUUACCGUACGAAUACAAACUUGGUUUCUUCCGUUGUUUGGCCCUACGCCGUGGUUGUCAUCCCCAUAACCUAGAACGUGAUACUCAACAUUUUUAUGAACAAUAUUCGGGAGAUGAUGAUUUUGAUGGUGUUACCCUAGAGGAAUUACCUGAACUGGAAAAGUUGUUCGAGUUGAACAUUUACGUCUAUCGUCUUACAGAGCUACAUGACGAAGAUGACGACACGACCUCCAUUGCGGCUCAACUCAUACAGCGAUCCCACCGUAGAUAUACCAACACUAUGUUCCUGAAUCUCUGCGGUAGUCACUUCAGCUAUAUUAAGAACUUGUCGAUGUAUUCCAAGUCCUACUGUUGUUCCAAGUGUGACAAAAUGUGGAAGACAGCGAGAGCCUUAAACCGACACGAGCGAACAUGCGAAAAACGAUAAGUCAUGUUUUCCCUGGUGGUGCCUACAAAGUUCCACAAACCAUCUUCGAUUUGUUGGCCGACGAGGGAAUCGAGAUCCCUGAAGACCUCAAGUACUUCUCUUAUCGUGCCACCUUUGACUUUGAGUGUUAUUUCAAACGUGAAACCGAACAUCCACGAAAUACAGCAAAGUUAACGUGGGAAGCCGAACAUAUCCCAUUGAGUGUCUCUGUAUGUUCGAACGUCCCUGGUUAUGAUCAACCCAAAUGCUUCGUCUCGUCUGGCAGUACAAGUGAAAUGAUCCAACAGUUCGUGGAAUAUUUGGUUGAGGUCAGCCAAGAAAGCUAUGGAUUGUUGCUGGACCAAUUCUCUGACGUUUUUCGUCAAAUUGAUGAACGGGUCAAUGAGGUAUAAUUCACACGUAUUAGAUUCUUAGUAUAUUUCUUAUCCUUAAUAUUUUUUCUUAUAUCUUUAGGUGGGGGAAAACGAGGUUAUGGAAGUUGCCGCGGGGGAGAAUAAUGAGGUAAAUUAUAGGAAGGUUAUAUUUGCACUUAUAUUCUUUAUAUUCUAAUGUAUCUUAUAGUUUAGCGAAAUACAGAGGAACAGCUGAUUGAGGAUAUGGUGGGAUGUUUGAUGGGGCUGAAUAGUGAGGUAUAUAACAUAAGGUUUGAGCUCAACAGUGAUCUUUCCUUUGCUUACCAUAUGUGUACCUUUUAGGUGAGUGAAGAUGAAGACAAAGUGAAUAAAGAUAAAGUCGUUGAAGAGAGAGUAAGUAUCACACUCAUGAUCCAUUUUAGCGGUUGUUAUGUAGAUUAGUAGGGAUGUGUAAGUAUCUUGCUUUUUACUUAUGACACCUUUACAUUUAUUUAGGACGUGGUCCAUCCUCCGCUCAAAUUUCAAGAUAAAUUGUCUGAAUACUUACAAGAGCUACCAAUUCUUGGGUUCAACUCUGGUAAAUAUGAUAUUAACGCUGCGAAAAACCCCUUCUUUUCACAUCUCGUCAAACACGAACAAGUUAAGUUUGUGAUAAAGAGGAACAAUAACCACAUGUGUCUUAAGACUCAGCACUUAAAAUUCCUCGAUAUCACAAACUAUCUGGCUCCGGGAUUUAGUUACGAACAGUUCCUCAAAGCGUACGAGUGCUCCCAGACCAAAGGCUACUUCCCGUACGAGUGGGUCGACUCCCUUGACAAACUCAAUCAUUGCUCCUUACCACCACGCAAAACCUUCCAUUCCACUCUAUCCGGAACCGACAUCACCGAGGAACAGUAUGAGUAUUGCCAGGGCGUAUGGGACGAAAAUAAUAUGACAACUUUCCGCGACUUUCUCGUGUGGUAUAACAACCUUGACGUAGUCCCCUUCCUUGAAGCAAUUGAUAAAAUGAGUACUUUCUGGCAAGAAAGGAACAUUGAUAUGUUUAAGGACGGUGUGAGUGUGCCUGGCUUGACUAUGAAAUAUUUAUUUUCAAACAUUCCAGGCACCUACUUCUCCUUGUUCAGCGAGAAGGACAAGGAUAUAUAUUAUUCAAUGAAGGAUAAUAACGUAGGGGGCCCCAGCAUUAUCUUUAACAGAUACCACGAGAAGGAGAAAUCAUCCAUACGGAAAGAAGAAAUGCGAGCCAGAGGAAAAGAAUCGAAACCCUGCAAGAAUGUAGUUGGUUACGAUGCCAAUGCGCUCUACUUGUGGGCCAUCAUGCAAGACAUGCCAACGGGGCAGUACACAAGACGGUUAGAGGAGGACGGGUUUAAGAAACAGUGGAGUGGAAAAAUGGCGAUCGAAUGGUUAGAAUGGCAAGCGUACAGUCGCGGCAUUAGUAUCAGACACGAGUACAACAACACGGAGAAAAGAAUUGGCACUUGUCGUCUCCCUGUUCACGGUUUUCACGCUGAAUCACAAACGGUGUUUCAGUUUCAUGGUAAGUUGUUGUUUUAGUGUAAUUAGUUAAGAUUAAUUAGCUAGGAUUAAGUUAAUUGUGUGGGAGUGAGCUAAUGAGUUUUUAGCGAUUGCGUGGGCCUGUAGGAUAACUUUAUUUUUCUUUUGUAGGUUUAACUGUAUUACACUUUAUUUUAAUAGGAUGUUAUUGGCAUGGGCACAACUGUCAUCUGAACGAAGGGAAAGAAGUCAACGAGAAGCGUGAUAAGCCGAUGAAGAAACUCCUUGAAGAGACCCAAAGAAACAGCGCCUAUAUCAAGAAGCAGGAAUUCAAUCUCGUUGAAUGUUGGGAAUGUGAGCUAGUGGCGAGAGAUGAAGAAACGAAACACCGCGCUGCAACGACUCAUUGCCACACAACUUCGCCGACCCCUAGACAAAGUAAAACGAUGACAACUCGAUCAAUUGUCAACGCUGUGAAGAAUGAUACGUUAUUUGGCUGUGUCGAGUGUGGUAUCCACGUACCUGAGAGUUUGCGAGAAUACUUCAAAGAGAUGUGUCCAAUAUUUAAAAACGCAGAAAUACGUCGAGAGGAUAUUGGUGAGUUCAUGAAGAGCUAUGCCGAAGAAAACAACAUCAUGCCCCGACCCCGGCGGAGUCUCAUUGGAAGUAUGAUCGGAAAGAAGAUAAUGUUGGCAACUCCUCUUCUAAAAUGGUAUUUAGAACAUGGUUUAGAGGUACGUUUUAAAUAUUAAAAACUUGUAAAAUUGCAGGAGAAAUUUUUUUAACAAAUUGUAUUAUCGUUUUAGGUAACACACGUCUACCAGAUAGUCGAGUAUACCCCUAAGCCAUGCUUCAAACCUUUCGGUGACGCUGUAUCGGAUGAUCGUCGUGCUGGUGAUGCAGGCCCCUCCAAAGCCAUCAUCGCGGACACGAUGAAAUUGGUCGGGAAUAGGUGAGUUUUAAAAUCACGCUGUCUUGACGUAUUCAAGAAAUACUCAUUUUUUUGUAUUUCUAUACAGCUCAUACGGGAAGACCAUCACCAACAAAGAGCGUCAUCGCAAGGUGGAUUACUGCUACGAUGACGAGGUCUCUGAAUUAAUCAACUCACCAUUCUACCGCCAAAUGAACGUGAUCGACGAUGACACCUAUGAAGUGGAAAGUGCUAAGAAGAAAAUAAAGUUGGACUUACCACUACAG